CAUGACAGGAUGUGAGUUUUGAUAAAAUUAAUUAUAAAGUCAAUGUUUGCGGUGAACAACUGUACUCUACAUAAUUAUAAGAUCUACUCUACUCAGCAAAGAUGCUGGCUGCUUGUGUGUUCGUUGCAGUUACAUUGAGCCUUGCAUCAGCUCAGAGGACUACUGCAGACUAUGAAAAUUGCAAGACUCUUGGGGAAAGCCGAAUGCAGGUAGCUUGGACAGUGCGUAGAGAUGCGCAAAUGAUUGACUUUCUCCUUUGUGGAUGUGCGCAAGAUGAGUCACAGAACAUUGAUGUCGAUGACGACGUGUACAUGGCCUUUGGUUUGAGUGAGAGCCCAAUGCGUACAGUAAUGCAAGGAGCCGAUGUCACAGUGGCGUGGGUCAACAGGAUGAGUGAAGCUAAUGCUGUUGACUACCACAUCAGUGGCUACAUUCAAUGUGUUGCGGGUGCUGGGGCAUGUCCAGACACUCUUGAUCUCAGAGGAGGCUGCACUAACGAUGUGUUUGAUAUAUCCGGGAGCAGAGUGGAUACCAAACAGUGCGUGGCCUUCUCAAGAAACUUCAGCACAAGUGACGACACUUGUGACCUGCCCAUUGACCCUGAUAACGAAGAGCAGUACAUAGUUUGGGCUGUGGGAGGUCUUGGAAACACAGCAUACAAGCAUUUUGCCAGGGCUAGCGGAACUGAUGAACCAAUCCAUCUGGGUCGCUCUCCCGUCAAUUCUUGCUCCACCCCCCUUGUGUGCCCUGACUGUCCGCCUUUCUCUGCCAUAGAGAUGGAUGUACGGGACCAGAAUGCAACAUUUCUCAUCAACAUUGGUCCCAAUGCGCUGGAGAGGGGAUACAUGUCCAUUGCAGGUCAGCCAGGUUGGGGCAACUCUAUCUACAUCAACGGCACUCUUAUCCCUCGUCUCAGAGUCGUGCGGGGGAACACGUACACCUUCAUCUGUGAGACUGGUAACAGUCCUGACGUUCUUUUGCCUGGAGGGGGCAACUACCAUCCUUUCUACAUCACAGACUCCAGAGUAGGAGGAAGGCUAAAUAGCGGGAACGAUAGGGAGACAGUGUAUGCAGGCUUUGAUGACACGGACGCUCCACUAGGCAUUGGUCCAUAUUGUGAGUACAAAGACAGUGGAGCAUCAAUGAUUGCCCUGGAUAACUGCGGCUCGUUCCAAGACUACCUGGGGGGUCUGAAUAAGGAGGCGUGUAGGACAGACGACCCCCCGGGUGUGUUCACUUGGACUCCCGAUGAAAGCACACCAGAUCUCGUCUACUAUCAGUGUGCAACGCAUUCCAGCUUUGGCUAUGAGAUCAGUGUGGAGGAUUCUGCUGCUGUUGCCCUCACAGGCUCACUCUCUCUGCUAGCCAUCAUGCUGAGCGCUACACUAUUGAUGCUCUGAGGCUAUUAACAUUAUAGCUAGAGCUUAGAGCUUAAUAGUACUAUUAUUAUACAACUGAACAUCUGUAUACAUAAUUGUACAAUGUCUUGUAGAAAAUCAUUAAUUUAAUAUCAAUGAGAAACGAAUACAAAAAUUAAACUAA